CGUCUUCCCCGCCGACACUCUCUCAGGACAUAGGAACCACACACACUAUUGACCCGCUACAACACUCAACCAUGAUGGCAUCCAGGAUAUCGCCCUCAAACUUACAGGCUUUCAACAACGAGCUGGUCAUAAAGCUGGAGAGGUUAAGGGAAGCGCGGGAACAGAUAGGUAGCGAGAUAGUCAAGGAGGAAAGUCGGAAAGAUGACCUGGAUCAGCAAAUACAUGAAUUGGGCGCGCAGCUUGAAAGGACGAUGCAGUCGUUGACGAGGAAAUAUGCGUUGAGUGAGGAGUAUGAUCGGCUUAUACAUGAGACCGAAGUGGCGUAUUCGAAGAUCGUGGAAUCGUCACAGAGUCUGUUGCAGAAGCUGGAACGGGAGUCGGAGACGAUUGCUUCCAGAUGUGGGCGGGGAUGAAUGCUGCGCGAUGUUGUCCUUCAACAUUCUCAUCUACUUGGACAUCACUUUCGCGAAGCAUGGCGUCGUGCGUGCCCUCCUGAUGCGCGGCGACCGAGCGUUUCAACGCAUUUAGGGACAACGGCAUUUGUUCAAUGCCACAUGAUUAGAGUAGUCAGGACGAGCCCUUGAAAGUAUCGGCAGAGCCUAGCGAGCCUCGCCAGGCAUAUCCCUGAGAUGUUAUAUACGUGCUGCAGGCGAGCAAUGUUCCCAAGCGUGCGUUUUACAUGAUUCCCAAAAAAAAUUCGUAUAAAGAUGUU